AUGGGAAUCUGUCAUGGAGGCACAAAAUACAAUAAUGGAUAAUUGAAACAAAUUAUGGCCAAAGCUAAAAAAUCAGAAGAUAUAGCAAUUAUUUUACAAGAGACAACUGAUAUCUAUACAACAUUCAAUCCCUAUAAAAAUCCAAUUCUUAAUCGUCGUUUACGAGAAUAAUCAACACCAACAUAAUCAAAUGUACAACAAUGA